CGAAUUGCACCUCGGCCUCAGUCGGGCUCAUACGGCCCUACCGAUCACCGUGGCGACGGCGUGUCCUAGCCAAGCGUACUCACAACGUCACGGUGCGUGCAAGCACGUUCGUGUGUGAUCCAAAUAGUCAUUAAUAAAGCGUGCGCGCGCGAUGGGACGGGCGUUCGUCUGUUGCCGAUACUUCCUGGUGUUCGGCGCGAUCAUCCUCGGAAUCUCCGGGGCGAUCGUGAGUAUAUUUUCCGGUUACUUUAUUUAUCAGCUGUACGAGUACGCACCUCUCACACCUGACAAUGUGUGCGGGUCAUCCGGCACUUUGUUGGCGAUGGGGGUCAUUACCUGUGGCAUCGGAUGGUUUGCUUUUCAGUUCUUGAAUUUUUCCAAUAGGGGCCAAGUCAUAACCUUCGCUGUAGCAUUGACGAUUAUCACGGUGACUGAAAUCGGUGUUGGGAUUUGGGCUUUGGUGCGACACGAGCAAGUAGAUGCCUUGCCAACCGCGCGACUUGAAGAGAACUUUGCUCUCGCGACCACGGAUCAGAAAUCUACUUGGGACCACAUGCAGGCAAAGCUACACUGCUGCGGACUAGAUGGGCCUGCUGAUUACCGCGGCCAGGACUCGAUUCCUUGGUCGUGCUGCAAUACAACCUUGGUGAACGAUAAUAUCACCGAGGCUGCCUGCACGAAUAUUUAUAAGCGCGGAUGUCAGCACGUAGUGAUAAAUCAUAUCAGGUCGAUUCUCCUGCACGUUUUCCUGCUGGCGUUGUGUUCCGUGCUGUUACAGAUCUCCUUCAUAUUGUGUAUAUGCUGCUAUACCAAAAUCUACAAGAAGAAGAUGGAGAAGAGAUCACAAUCAGAGGUCGGCAAACAUGUGAGCGAACCAGAUACGAAAGACAAUCUUCUAGCGCGCCGAUCAAAACACCUGAACAACGCCGACGACUCCUAGCCAACGCUGCGAAGCGUGAACGAUGGGAGUGUACGUCACUUCAGGACGUUGCGUCACUGUGAUAUGCGGAGUACAUUUCGCGUAGUGACAAUAUCGACGGUGUAUACACAUACGGGCGAUAUUGACCUUGCUUCUGCGAUACAGUGCGAUCCGGGUAGGUUGAAAAGUGUCCCAACGACGGAUUUUUCAGCAAAUUUCGAGCCGAUCUUACCUCCAGAGCUACCAAAACACUCACGAUAUUAAACGUGGAAUCAUUUGAUAAAUAAAUCUCGAUUAAGAUGUUCGAUAAGAUAGGGCCAAUCGAGAGAACAAUUCUUUUUUUUUGUAACCUGAGAUAGACGCGUUUUUUGAAGAAGUGCCUUUUAUUUUUCGUUACGAUUGAAUCUUCUCCUUCAGGGAAACUGUACUGAGAAAAAACACUUGAAAAUUUAUCUGUGGGAUGUAAGGUUUAUUUUCACGAAAUAAACUUUUACUCACAAAUAAAUUUACAAGUAUUUUUUUCAGUGUAGGUCGGAAACUUGCUCUUCGAAGAAUCUAUUUUUGAAAUAUUUUUCAACAGAUAUGUCUUGGACGCUCUGUAAAAAGAUAAGAGCGAUAGCGUUUCCGAGAAAUGCUAAAACCGUGUUCGCACCUAGAUUUGUACUGCCGUAUCGUUAGUACCUCGUAGAUUUCUAUUUCGAGAAACGAGAGCGUUUUCUUUUGUCCCCUUAAUACAGUUUUAUAUUUAUUUUUACAGCAACCUCACGAAAGUUGCAUUUUUUUCCGAGAGAAAGUCGUCUUGUUGCCACAGAACAACGACUUACAACUGCAGGUGACAAAGCGAUUUUCAGAAAUAAAACGCCUUAACAUUCAUGAGGCUUUUCGUUGAUCGAAGUUGUUUUAAACGAUAUAAUUAGCGGCGACACUCUUACUUGUAUAAAAUUAAGCAGAGAACUCUGUCUUAAAUUCUACUAUGAAUCAUAGAUCGUUUAAAGCAAGCUUCAGUUUGUACUUAAGACUUUUUGUUGGUGCAGCUAAUAGUCAAUAAUUAAGCAAUAAAGUGCACAGUGCAAUGCUUUAAAUCAAUGGCACAAACUAACUAAUAAGGAGCAUCCGUUACACAUGCGUCAUUCUCAUAUCUUGCACUAUCUAAAAAAAACACUCGAAUGACUUUAGAUAAGUAGACUAAUUACAAGGUAUUAAUCCAUUUUUAAUGGAAACAUAGUGUAACUGUUAUCACGGCUGUAGCUUUUUUUUUGUUUUAGUUGAUCCUUUUGUUUGCAUUUGCAAACAUUCGCCGGCGAUUUUUUAUUCCCAGUAUUAAGUGAGGUGCAUAAAUCUUUCGUUAUGGACCGUAUGUGGAAAAAGACUAGUGUGAGUCGUGUGUGUAUGAUACCAAGAAUGAAAGUUAUUUUGUAUGAAGAACAGGUGUGCGUUUGACCUUAUGAAUAUCUUUUUUUUACGACAGAAGAAUGUUGAAAUAUAAUCUUAAAUUUUAAUUUUAGUUUUGUGUGACAAUAUUUAACGAUUUUCCAUUGUUAAAUAAGAUAGAAAAGAAUGAAAAUUUGGAUAUAACAAAAUAUAGCAUUUGCAAAAUACACACCUAUUGUUCGCAGAAGUAAUUUUUCUAAAUCCAAGCAUUUGGGAGAAAGACUUCCUCAGAAGCUGUAUUUAAAUAAUUUCUGAUGUAUUUUAUCUACAAUAUAUGUCUUGCAAGGGUCAAUCAAAUCUGA